AUGGACAGCAGCUGCAUCCAACGCCUGCUGCAGCGUGUGCUGGGGCUGCUUGGGACGUGGCCCGCGCGCCGUCUCACGCCCGUGGCCAUUAUCACAUGUCAGACUUUCCCUAAACGCACGCGUCCUGGAGCUGGUGGGCUGCAGCUGCCCUAA